AUGAGAAGACAACUUGAGAAGAACACUGAUACUCGUGGAGAGGGUGAAGAUGUAUUGACGAUUAAAAGUUUCCCAUAUUCGCUGUAUUUGGAUAGUGAACACACAAUAGAAGUAUCAUGGAAUGUCAAUUACCAUAAAGAGGAGGUCGAAUGUCGUAUUCGUGCUAACAUUAGACAAGGGUCUGAGUGGUUUGGUAUGGGAUUUUCAGACUACGGCGAACUCGCUAAUGCUGACUUCGUGAUUUUUUGGACAAGUGCAAAUGGCGUUCAUCACUUCCAGGACACGCACACCGACACAAGUGGAAACCUCCAUAUAGAUGCUCACCAAGACUACGACUUACAACACGCACAUACGGACGAAUACUCUGUGAGUCUAGAGUUCUCGCGGCUAUUUGACACAUGCGAUGAUGAUGAUUACCAGUUUGAUACGGGAACAACUCACCUGCUAUACAUUAUUGGAGCAGCACCAUUUAAGAUUUCCAAUGCCAACCUUAACCAGUCAAAACACGGGUUACAAAGAGUCCAACUGCUGAAACCGGACAUUCCACCAAAUCGGCUUCCAGGCGACAUGUGGACGUUUGAAGUAACAGCUCCUAAUAUAGUUGUGCCUGCACAAGACACCACUUACUGGUGGUACACAGUUAAAAUUCCACCGAUGAGAAGAAAACAUCACAUUAUAAAGUACGAAGGUGUCAUCAAGAAAGGAAACGAAAACCUCGUACAUCACAUGGAGGUAUUCCACUGUGAGCUCCCGGCCAAUGAGAUUGUCCGAUUCUACAACGGGCCUGGCCAAUCAGAGGGCACGCCUGAUGGGCUAGGGGCGUGCCGAAAAGUGAUAGGUGCAUGGGCAAUGGGCGCAGCGGCCAUGGAAUUCCCCGAGGAAGCUGGUUUUCCGGUGGGAGGGCCAAAUUACAACAGAUAUGUGAUGCUGGAAAUCCACUACAACAACCCAAGCAAAGCUGCUGGAAAAACGGAUACGUCAGGUAUACGGUUCUACGUGACGCCAACGUUACGCCAAUAUGAUGCAGGAAUCAUGGAGCUGGGGUUAGAAUACACCAACAAGAUGGCGAUUCCGCCAAGGCAGAAAUUAUUUCAACUGACGGGAUACUGUAUAUCGGAAUGUACAUCUGUGUCUAUUCCACCUCAUGGUAUCCACAUAUACGCAUCCCAACUUCACACACAUUUGACGGGAAAGCGUGUGUUCACACAGCACGUGCGCCAGGGGAGAGAACUCCCUGAACUCAACAGAGAUAAUCACUACAGUCCUCACUUCCAAGAAAUCAGACGACUUCCGAAACCAGUACAUGUACUUCCGGGUGACGAUUUAAUAACAACAUGUGCAGAUUCAACUACAGACAGAGAAAACGCCACAAUUGGUGGAUUUGCCAUCUCAGACGAGAUGUGUGUAAACUAUGUCCAUUAUUAUCCCCAGUCUGACCUUGAGGUUUGCAAGAGUUCUGUAUCGACCGAAGCUUUAAACAACUUCUUCACCUUUAUGAAGAAAUGGGACCGAGACGCAAUUGACCCACACGCUGGUGAUAGGGCCAACUAUCAGGCUAUUCGGUGGACCCCGCUGACCAAUAUAUUGUUGAAAACCUUGUAUGAAACAUCUCCAAUCGCCAUGCAGUGUAACAAGUCAGAUGGAUCAAGAUAUCCGGGAAACUGGGCGAACUCUAAGAAAACUGAUAUUCUUCUUCCGUAUCAAAAGAUCGACACACACUGCAAAGGACACAUACAGAACAUGGACCUUUUCGAUAAAACGAAGAGGAAUGUGUGGGCAUUUGCUAUGUAG